UGCCCCCCCCACAAGGUUCAGCCACAAGCGUCAGUGCCCACCACUCACCCAGAGAGACCAUGGUCUGUAGUCAGCAAACUAUUACUUACCCAACAUUCAACAUGCCACUAACAAGGGACAGAGAUAUCACCCAUUUCACAGCGAAAGGGGAGGGUGACAGUCGCUGUUACCCUGUUACAGUCUGCACUGUUUGAUUCCCCUACAUCCACCGCAAUGAAACCCUGAUGCUCCAUCUCCCACAACACCUCAGAUGGUAACACUGGCCUGAAAUCGGUCAUCCACAGGAUCGUGCAGGGCCACAUCCCACAGGCACUACCUGUUGGAAAACGGUUGGUCGGCAGGUUCCAGAAUGGAAACUUGUCCUGUUUGUGGCAGUUUGAAUGCCACAUGCAGAUCAGGGCCUUCGAUAGAACCCCAACCUUAGGGAGACAUUAAAGAGAGGAACUAAGCUGUCUUUCACAAAUGAAAAAAACUUGGACAGGUACAUGGACGAGAGGUGUAUGGAGGGAUAUGGUCCAGGUGCAGGUCAGUGGGACUAGGGAGAAAAAUGGUUCGGCACAGCCAAGAAGGGCCAAAAGGCCUGUUUCUGUGCUGUAAUGUUCUGUGGUUCUAUGAGCUCAAAGAGGCAGCCACUUGGUGCUAUACAAAUUCCACCCAGAUUUAACCCUAGCCUAACCCUGCCUAGAUCUUUGGUCCGUGGGAGGAAACUGGAGCACACAGAGGAAACCCACAUGGUUCAUGGGGAGGACAAGCUCCUUACGGACAGCACUGGAAUUGAACUCUGAGCUCUGACACCCCGAGCUGUAACAGCAUCACAGUAAUCACUGCGUGUUUGAUCCCAGAGCCUUGGCCAUUACAGUCCCUCAUCCUCGAGCUGGACAGUGAGGUAAAGAUUAGCUCAUAACCAACUCUGAAGCAGGUCCAGCCUGUGAUCAGAGUUGUACAAUGUCCAAAUCACAUUGCUGACUAAGCCAGACAGAGCAGAGAAUUGCUGACUACACUGACCUCACACUCAGUUUUUAAGUUCAAGUUUCUUACCAUCUGACCUCUGGCCCACUGUACAACCACAAAACAUACAGCACAUAAAGCAAGAUAUUACCACAAGUAAGUUAACAAAAUAUAAUAUAAUUCAAAGGGUACACAGCAGAGGUAAACAGUAAACAGCUUGCUGUCCUAGUGACGAGACCUCAGGGUGACAGAGUAUUCAUUCAACUGGUUGAUCAAAUCUGGGAUGUUGUUUUGGCGAAACGAGGUCCAUAACAGUGAUGGCUGACAAGGAACAAAGAUCUUUACUGCAAUAUUUCACCAGUUAAAUGUCCAAGCACCUGCAGCAUGAUUUAGCUAUACGUUAAUUUGGUUCAGCAGCAAAUAAAAUUCAAGAGGUGUGUUUUAAAUUGUGAAAUUAUUUGCUUACAAAUGAAUACCGCAGGAAGCAUUCUGAAGUAAGUUCUUGUUAUCAUUCCACACCAUCGAACAGCUCAGGGACAGACCGUUCACUCCAGAAUGUCUGCUGGCCUUGAUAGAGUGGAUGUGGAGAGGAUGUUUCCUUUGGUGGGGGGUGUCCAUUUAGAACAGAGUUGAGGAGGAAUUUCUUUAGCCAGAAGGUGGUAAAUCUGUGGAAUUCAUUGCCAUGAUGUCUCUGGAGCCCAGGUCACUGGGUGCAUUUAUGGUGGAGGUUGAUAGGGUCUUGAUUAUUCAGGGCGUGUGAGGUUAUGGGGAGAAGGCGGGAGACUGGGGAUGAGAGGGUAAUGGAUCAGCCCUGAUGAAUGGUGGAGCAGACUCAUUGGGCUGAAUGGCUCCUGUGUUUUAUGGUCUUGUGGUCACAGGGAGAACGUACAAACUCCUUACAGUGGCAGAAUUGAACUCUGGUGCGGUAAUAGCGUUACGCUAACCACUACAUGAAUGUGUUGCACCCAAAUCACAUUUCCCUGCUGCUGCAGUCUUUGCCCAUUUGUGUGUCUGUCUAAAUGCCCCUUAAACGCACUGUUGUCCUUGCUCCCACCACCUCCCCCAGCAAAGUGUUCCAAGCACCCAGCACUGUGUAAAAAAUGCACUUCCACUCCAUCUGCAAAAAGCGGGAAUUUCCUGCUGGCCAAACAUUUUAAAUGCCUAUCCCAAUCCCUUUCUCCCUAUCAGAUUCCUUCUUCACCUGCCCUUUGCCUUUUCUGCUUAUUGCCUUCCAGCUUCUUUCACCAGGCCAAGCAGAAUUUUAUUUAUUUUUUUAUUUAAAUUGUCCCAUUGUCCCAUUCAGACCAAAAGAUUUAGUCACUGUGGAGGAUUUCUUACUCUUUGUGGGAGAAUGUCUUUCAUGACAGAGGGGAUCACUCUGUUUGACAGUGAGACUUGUGGCUGUGGUGGUUGUAGGAGUCGACCCUGAGACUGCAGGAAGUUUUUCUGACAGCUCUGGACACCUUUUGCUUGUGAUUGAACCAGAGAGUCUAAUUCCAUUUUAAUCAAUUUGCCAUUCACUUCUGGCAUAAGCCAAAUUGCUUGUCUAUUGUUAGCUUUCACACUGUCAAUCCCAAGGCUACACAGUCCUGUGUCACUCUCAUCAUUAUCAGAUUUCACAUCAGCAGCACACAGAUGAGUGUUCUUUUUGAAACUGCAACUUGACUUUUUAGCCUUUCCUCUUUUCUGAGAAGUCUACUUAUUUUUGUUUGCCUGUCGUGCUCUUUGUCUGCGUCCUACUUUGCUUCAUUUUCUGCAAGUUUCACAUUUAAACCUGCAUUUGUUUGCUCUAUGUCAGCCCCUGCCAUGUCAGUAAUACAAUUUGUUCAGCCAGUUUUGUUUCAAAGGUUUGUUUAUUAUCAAAGUGUAGAGCUGUGAGAUUAUUCAGUUCUCCGGAUGGCCUUGAAACCAAGAAAGAAAAAAAAAGGCAGCAUGAUCAUCAACCCCCAAAUCCCUCCUCCCCACAAAAAACAUCAACAAAACAGAUCAGGCACAUCAACCACCAAAUCCCUCCUCCCCACAAAAAACAUCAACAAAACAGAUCAGGCACAUCAACCACCAAAUCCCUCCUCCCCACAAAAAACAUCAACAAAACAGAUCAGGCAUAUCAGCCCCCAAAUCCCUCCUCCCCACAGAAAAACAUCAACAAAACAGGCACAUCAACCCCAAAUCCCUCCUCCCCACAGAAAAACAUCAACAAAACAGAUCAGGCUUGAUCAUCAACCCCCAAAUCCCUCCUCCCCACAGAAAAACAUCAACAAAACAGAUCAGGUAUAUCAGCCCCCAAAUCCCUCCUCCCCACAGAAAAACAUCAACAAAACAGAUCAGGCAUAUCAGCCCCCAAAUCCCUCCUCCCCACAAAAAACAUCAACAAAACAGAUCAGGCAUAUCAACCACCAAAUCCCUCCUCCCCACAAAAAACAUCAACAAAACAGAUCAGGCAUAUCAAUCCCAAAUCCCUCCUCCCCACAGAAAAACAUCAACAAAACAGAUCAGGCAUAUCAACCACCAAAUCCCUCCUCCCCACAGAAAAACAUCAACAAAACAGAUCAGGCAUAUCAGCCCCCAAAUCCCUCCUCCCCACAAAAAACAUCAACAAAACAGAUCAGGCACAUCAAUCCCAAAUCCCUCCUCCCCACAGAAAAACAUCAACAAAACAGAUCAGGCAUAUCAACCACCAAAUCCCUCCUCCCCACAGAAAAACAUCAACAAAACAGAUCAGGCAUAUCAACCACCAAAUCCCUCCUCCCCACAGAAAAACAUGAGCAAAACGGGCAUAUCAACCCCCAAAAACCAACUCCCCGCAGAAAAACAUCAACGAAACAGACAUGUCAACCCCCAAAUCCCUCCUCCUACACAAAAACUGGGCAAAACAGAUCAGGCACAUUGACUCCCCCCCCCCCCCCCCCCCCAAGACCCUCCUCCCACUAAAAAAGAAAAUAAAUCAGGUAUAUUGACCCCCAAAUCCUUCUUCCUGCACAAAAAAAACAAACUAAACGCAUCAGGCACUUCAAUCCCCAAAACCCCCUCCAUGCAUUAAAAAAAACUGAGAUGGUCAGUGAAAACAUGCGGAAUAUAAAAACUGUAGGACCGAGAAAAGAGUCUAUAGUCAAAAAUCCAAAUCCUGAAGAACACUUUCCACAGCGGCAGGUUCUCCUCUUCAGUACAGAGCAACUGGUCAACAGCCAAGCGGUCAGCGCUCACCCUUGCACUCGUUUCAAUGCUUCAAUCUCCUUUGUCUGUUUAGAUGUUGCAGUUCUGCUCAUGCUCACUUUCAUUUCUGACUGCAACUCAACUGCGCCUUUGCAGUUUCCAUUGAAGCAGCAAUUUCACUUCUCUUCGAAAUGGAAGUUGAGGAGCCGUUUUUGAAUGCUGUCUUGUAAGUUUCCACAAACGAAACAAUCUCUCAGUGCAUCAUUAAGCCAAUCAUUGAACUGACAGUGCUCAAGCAAUCUCUUCAAUUCUGCCAUGUUCGCUUAAAUGUACCCUCCUGAAACCUGAAGCAUUCUGCAAUCAACAAUGGCUUUGGCUCUAAAUAUUCCUGCAAUACUUUGACAAUAUCAGCAAAAGCUCAUUUCUACUGGUUUGGUUGGAAUAGUCAAACAUUGAAGUAAACUGAAUGCCUUUAAACCCAAUGCACUCAGCAAAAUCGGUACUUGUUUAUUAUUGGCUCUUUCAUUUGCUUCAAAAUACCGUUGAAUUAGCUCAGUAUUCAUUUUCCAGUUAUCAUUUGUGUAAUCAAGGACAUCGGUUUUUCUGAUGUAACAAUCUAUUUCAGGGUUCUUUCGUAAUUAUCAUCACAUGGUACUCACCCUUUAUAAACCUGUGAGUUCUUCAGUUUUCUGACUUUCUUUUAAAAAAAACUCAAUCGUGACUUUUGUUCUGAAAAAAAACACGAGCUGCACUGAGUUUUUUUUUAGCUUGACUGUCUCUGUAUAUGCUGGGCUAUUAUUUCACUCACUGUUCCUCACUGUGUUUUUCUUUAGUUUGAAAAACUCACUGCUUUUCAACAGGUCGGUAGCCAUCUUAGGUUCAUUUUCAAAAUACCUGUUCGCCAAUGUUAUGUUUUGUAACUUCAAAACAUUAAACUAAUUCAAAGAAGGAUACAGGAGUCCAAAAUGUGACUCUUCUUUUGUUCUUUACUUUAAGCAAGGCAUGCACAUAAUACGUGGUAGCAUGAUGACAUAUGCAAUUCAUAUAUUUUUACAAAUAACCCAUAACGAAUUAUUUAAACGAACAAGAAUGCUUAAUCUACAAUAUAUAUACAAAAUUACUUAAGUAUUACUGAAAUAUUAAAUACACAAGUUUUCUUAAAUUCAUUUGAAUUUCUUUGUUUUCCCGUAAAGAAAAUAAAUGUCAAAGUAGUUUACGUCAGCAUCCGCACUUUGUUAAUAAAUUAACUUUGAUCACCACAGCAGUUUCUCCUGCCUGACAGGCUAAAUGUCUGUGUCCUACUUAUAUCAAACAUGUUUUGUCUCCAGUAAUGAGAGCACAGCUGUGGCUUAUCUAAAAGUCGGAAUCUGGGACACUGGGUUAACUGGGGAGAGGGGUGACCUAGAGGGAAAUCCCACUGCCAUUUUAAGACUUAACAACUUAAUGAAAGUUUAAUACACUGUACUGAUGAAUCUAUCCAGACACUGCUAACACCAUUGUGGACAUGUGGAGCAUGGUUGUGAAAUCCUGUGAGGUUGGCGAAUGUGUUCAGAGUGAUUCAACGCAGAGACAGGUGCUUUGAAUUAUAGCAAUGUGCGACUCAAGCAGCAUAGAGCAGUAACUUUCUUGUUUACACCCUUUGGUGAUUUAUGAAGUAGAAGUCAAAGGUUAAGGGUGAAAGGCGAAAUGUUUAAGGGGAACAUGAGGAAUUUCCAAAUGUUAGGGAAAUUUGGAUGUGAGGGAUAUUGAGGGCUAUGGUCCAGGUGCAGAUCGAUGGGAUCAGAAUCUGGUUUAUUAUCACUGGCAUGUGAUGCAAAAUUUGUUAACUUAGCAGCAGCAGUUCAAUGUAAUACAUAAUCUAGCAGUGAAAAAAAAAUAGUAAUAAUAAAGAACCAAGAAAAUCAAUUACAUAUAUUGAAUAGUUUUUUUUAAAUAUGCAAAAACAGAAAUACUGUAGAUUUUUUAAAAAAAAGUGAGGUAGUGUCCAAAGAUUCAAUGUCCAUUUAGGAACCGGAUGGCAGAGGGGAAGAAGUUGUUCCUGAAUUGCUCAGGUUUCUGUAUCUCCUACCUGAUGAUAACAGUGAGUAAAGGGCAUGUCCUGGGUGCAGGAGGUCCUUAAUAAUGGACACUGCCUUUCUGAGACACUGCUCCCUAAAGAUGUACUGGGUACUUUGUAGGCUAAUGCCCAAGAUGGAGCUGACCAGAUUUACAACCUUCUGUAGCUUCUUUCAGUUGUGUGCAGUAGCCCCUCCAUACCAGACAGUGAUGCAGCCUGUCAGAAUGCUCUCCACGGUGCAACUAUAGAAGUUUUUGAGCGUAUUUGUUGACAUGCCAAAUCUCUUCAAGCAUCUAAUAAAGUAUAGCCGCUGUCUUGCCUUCUUCAUAGCUAUAUUGAUAUGUUGGGACCAGGUUAGAUCCUCUUAGAUCCUGACAGCCAGGAACUUGAAACUGCUCACUGUCUCCAGUUCUGAUCCCUCUAUGAGGACUGGUAUGUGUUCCUUCUUCUUACCCUUCCUGAAGUCCACAAUCGGUGUCGUGGUUACUUGAAAUGACCAGGAGACGCCGACAAUUCUUCGAGAAGUUUAAACCUUUAUUUGCAAACAAAGGCUGAGGCAAUCAAUGAACUUGUCACCGAAAGCCCACCGAGCUCCGGUGUACAGCAUUCUUUAUAGUAAUUUCUUAUCUCAGUUACAUUUCGGUUUUAUCAGCAUACCCAAUCAAGUUUUAGUUGCAUAUCAUCUAUACAUUAACUAAUCAAACGCUCUUGCCCAGCUCUCGGUGCGGCACCAGUAUUUCUUUCCAGUUCACAUCUUGGGCCUCAUUCCUGGCCACGGUUGUUCCUCAGUCAACCUCCUUGACCUCCCUCACAUUAUAUCUUCUGCUCGUACCAUCCUGUCCGCCACCGUUAUCUCUUAAUAAACAAAGGCUGAGUAUAAUACAUGGAGUACAUUUCAGCUAAUUAGUGCUGCUAGCUAAACAGGUGUUCUUUAACUGCCACAGUAUGUAGCUAAGAGAGUACAAGGUAUCUAGUAAAACAAUACACAGCAAAAUGUGUCUAGUAAAAUAAUACAUAGUAAUAUUCAGUACAUACAAGUGAUUACAUAGUGUAGUAAAUAGCUAGUACAUAGUGGUUAUAUUUCAGGUAUAUAUAGUGAUUAUGUCAGGUAUAUUUCUCAAUAUCAGCUCUUUUGUCUUACUGACGUUGAGUGCCAGGUUGUUGCUGUGACACCACUCCACUAGUUGGCAUAUCUCACUCCUGUACGCCCUCUUGUCACCACCUGAGAUUCUACUAACAACGGUUGUAUCGUCAGCAAAUUUAAGCAGAAUAAUGAUGUCACUCCACUCUUCAAGAAGGGAGAGAGGCAGAAGAAAGGAAAUUAUAGACCAGUUAGUCUGAACUCAGUGGUUGGGCAGAUGUUGGAGACAAUUGUUAAGAUGUGGUUUCAAAUUGAAGACUGCAUGGUUUCCUUAAGGGAAAACCUUGUCUGGGAAAUCUGUUGGAAUUCUGAAGAAAUAAAAAGCAGGAUAGACAAAAGAGAUUCAGUGGAUAUUGUGUACUUGGAUUUUCAGAAGGUCUUUGACAGGGUGCCACACAUGAGGCUGCUUAACAAGUUAUGAGCCUAUGGUAUUACAGGAAAGAUACUAGUGUAGCGGUGUGCUACAUGCAGCGCUAAAAUUACGACAUGGAGUCGGUAACUGCAGUCGAAGGAAAAACUUUAUUCGAAAUCCUCAGCCUCACUUUUAAGCCUCCCUCAACCUGCCCCCCCCCCCCCCGUGGCGCAGAGGCUCCAAAGCUCUGUGCUCGCAAACCCCCGUAGGCUAUCUCCCUUAGCCGGAAAGCUGGCUAAUUGUGAGCCGGUUCGGAUGUGCCAGGAAAUGGGUCGCCACACCAGCAUAGAUAGAGUAGUGGCUGAUUGGCAGGAGGCAAAGAGUGAGAAUAAAGGGAGCCUUUCUGGUUGGUUGCCAGUGACUAGUGUAUGAAGGGGUCUGUGUUGGGAUCAAUUCUUUUUACGUUAUAUGUCAUUGACUUGGAUGAUAGAAUUGAUGGCGUUGUUGCCAAGAUUGCAGACUAUAUGAAGAUAGGUGGAUGGGACGGGCAGUUCCUCUAUAGUCUACAGAGGGACUACAGAAUGACUUAGACAGAUUAGGAGAAUGGGCAAAGAAGUGGCAGUUGGAACACAGUGUCAGGAAAUAUACACUCAUGCACUUUGGUAGAAGAAAUAAAAGGGUAGUCUGGUUUCUAAAUGGAGAGAAAAUUCAAUAAUCUCAGGUGCAUAGUCACUUGGGAGUCCUUUUUUUAAUUAGACUUUUUUUAUUGAGUUUUCAAAUAAUUACAGAGAUAAAAUAUAUGAAAAAAAAAUAUAUAUAUAUACCCUACCCCCUCCCCUUAACCCCUCCCCCCUAACAUCCCUAUAUAAAAAAGAAAGAAAGGAAAAAAAAAGAAAGAAAGAAAGAGUGCCUAGAUAUCGGAAGAUCCCCACAUGCUCCAUGGAGUUCGUAAUAACUUUAGUAUAUAUAUUUAUUCAUUUCCCCAAAUAACCAAUUAUUUCAUCUUCGGAGCACCUAUAUAUUUAAUCCUGUCUUUUGUAAAUAAGGGCGCCAAAUUUUCAAAAAUGUUUCAUAUUUAUCUCUUAAAUUGUAAGUAAUUUUUUCCAGUGGAAUACAGCCAUAAAUUUCCUUCUUCCAACAAUCUAUACUUAUGUAUCUGAUUUCCAAGUAACUGCAAUAGCCUUUUUGGCUACUGCCAAUACAAUUUUUAUAAAUUCUUUCUGGUAUUUAUUCAAUUUGGGUUUCGGUUUUAUCCCUUCAAUAUCGCCUAGUAAAAAUAAUAUUGGAUUAUGUGGAAGUUGUGUUCCAAUAAUUUGUUCCAAUAAAACUCUUAAAUUUGUCCAAAAAAAACAAAAUACCCCCCUACUAAUGUUGUGAAAAAAAAGGAACACAACAUUACCCCCCCCCUCUGUUGUACGGAUCAUGGCAAUCGCCAUGAUUACACACGUGAAUCCCGCAGUAACCGAUCCAAAGCUCCACAGCCCCCCCGCAACAUAGAAAAGUAUAUAUAUAAAAGAAGAAAAAAAAUACUAUUCUCAAUUAGUAUUUCUGAAAUUUUGCUUUUCUCCCCUGUAUCAUCCUUAAAUGUCCAUCACUUCCAUUUACUGUCUCUGUCUUCAUCUUUAAUCCAUCACACUUGGAAGUCUCUCUGUGUAGUUAGCGAAUAGAUGGAAGUUUUUGUGCGAACUCCUCCGCUUCUCGAUAAUUGUUAAAAAAUCUUCUUUUUCCCUCCUCCAAAAAAAUUAUCAGCGUUGCUGGGUGACGCAUUAUAAAUUUAUAACCCUUUUCCCAUAAGACUUUUCGCUGGGUUAAAUUCCUUCUUUCUCUUCAAAAGUUUAUAACUUAUAUCAGGAUAAAAAAGAACUGCCUUCCCUGCUAUCAUCAAUGGCCCGUUUCUCUUUUUGACACGUUGGGCAGCCGCCUUCAGGAUCUUUUCUUUAUCUUGGUAUUUUAAUCAUCUUAUCAAAAUUGAUCGUGGAUUUUGAUCAGUUUGAGAUCUUGGCCUUAAGGCUCUAUGAGCCCUUUCGAUCUCAAUUAGAGUAUCAGAAUCAGAAUCAGACUUUAAUCACCAAGUACCUGUACACAUACAAGGAAUUUACUUCUGGCAGGUGUUGUCUCUCUGCUCAUAACAAUAAUAAUGAUAAAUAUAAAUGAAAAUAUAGAUUAUACAUACAAGUAGUGCAAUCCAAGUAAUAGUUAGCCGACAGUUAACCGGCAGUUAACUGUUCAGCAAAGUGACCGCAGUAGGGAAAAAACUUCUCCAGUGCCUAUUAGUCUUAGUCUGGAGGGAUCUGAAGCGCCUAUCUUCUUCCAUUUCCAAUUUUUCAGGGAUCCAUUUUUGAAAAAAAAUUAUUGGAUCUUCUCCUUCUAUAUCUUCUUUAA